AGGAGGCAUUUGUGAGGACCAUAUCUUACGAUGGUGUGGAGAACCUGGUUGAUGAUGGUGUGGAUGACACAGAGGCUGAGGCAGGUAGUCAGGUACCAGAGACUCAGGUCCCAGACACUCAGGAAACAGACACUCAGGCCACUGGUUCAGAACCUCAGCCCAGUGCACCAUCUUCAUCAGGCGUUCGGGGUGCCGAGUACACUGAUUUAGUGGCGAGGUUGGAUAGGAUCGAGGCUGACACUCAGGGUCUGUAUGCUGCUCAUGUCGAGCUGAAGAAGGCAUACGAGACCAGCCAUGUAGAGCUGAAGGGUGGUCAGAACAUAAUUAUGGAGCAGCUCAGAGACAUAUUGGCCAUGUUGAAUCGUCCGCCAAUGACAGCUUCAGCACCGGAGGCCCCAGCAGAUCCAUCUACCCCACCACCAGCUGCUUCACCCCCAGUAGAAGAGGAGGAGGUCUUCCCCGACGAUUACGAUCCUUAUGAGGGAGCUCCAGCGACUCCGAUCGAGGCACAACCUGUUAUCCAUGUACAUGACACCGAGUCGCAGGGUGAGAUUCUGUCGAUAGAAGCACAACCUGCAGUGGUUAAGAGUCGGAAGAGGAAGAGAAAGCCUCCUGUAUGGUUCGGUGACUAUACGGAGAUGAAGAGGAGACAUAGGCCAUCUUCGACUUUUGAUCCCCUGGAGCCACCGGAUGAGAAAUUGUUAACCACUUUCCGAAAGUGGUGUGUUGGACUCAUUCCGAACCACCGACUUCGGGAUUUGAGAAGUGGUGAUUACGGUCCAGGAUUCUUUUGGAUAAUGCUCACACCAAAGGAAUGGCUUACAGAUGACCAUAUAGAUGCAGCAAUGCAUAUGCUGAGGAGGCGACGCACCGACUAUCCACUGACAUUUCCUCAGAAGGGUGUCAUCCUCUCCACAUUCGUGACCAGCAUGAUCAGCAGUGCAUGGACGAGCCACAAGGGUCCGAGGAAAAACUUUGUGUGGGAGGAUUAUAUCCUGGACUACUGCAGAGGGGUUCAUAAGUCCCAAGUCUUUGAGAGAUGGAGGGGUAACGAGUUUAUUUACUUCGUUCUGAACCUUCCCGAGGCAAGGCACUGGGUCACACUUGAAGUCGACAUAGAGCUGUGGAAAAUUAAUGUCUACGACUGUGAUUCCAGCGUCUGUCAUUGGACCGCCAUGGAACCCAUCCUGAAGACUUGGGGAGAACUGCUGCCCUCGCUAAUCCUUGCAACCGGGGAAUUUCCACAUAACAACCAGAUCAUGGCGUUAACUAACAGGGACAUCAACGUGCUUCCAAAAAUGCAUUCGACCCGAGCCACUCACGACUUAGUUCCGAAGUCAACAACCAGGUACAUAGCGAUAAAAAAGUACUAUAGUAUUAAAAUAUGUUUUACGUUAGACUGACUUUACAUUUUAUUUUGCAUUUAGUGGUGAUUGUGGCGUCUAUUGCAUUGAGUAUGUGGAGCAUCUCAUGAUGCAACGUGGAUUGACCGAUGUGACGCCAGACCGGAUAGCUAUGUUUCGUCAACGGUGGUGUGUUGAUUUAUUUUACCAAAAUGUCGGCUGAUUAUAUGUGUAAUUAUUGGGACAUUGUAUAUUUUGUGUAAUUAACAUUACAGUUAUGUAUAUAUAGACCUUCUCUUCGUUCAAAUUUUGAUAAUUAUUCGUGGUUUCAAAUAUAAA